AUGGUGAGUACGUCCACAUUUAAAGAGGCUGCCGCCAACAUCUACGGGCUGAUCUUCGCCUGCACCUGCGGCCUGAUCCUCGGCGUGGGACUCUGCGCCAACAUCCUGGUCUUCUCGCUGUUCGCCAAGCACAACAGCCUGCGCAAGAACCGCCUGGACAUCCUCCUCCUGAGCAUGACGCUGGCCGACUUCCUCACCCUCCUGCUCAUCCCCUUCACCCUGCACUCGGCCGUCAGCCAGUCCUGGCCGCUGGGCAACGUCUUCUGCAAGGUCUACCAGUUCCUGCUGGCCUUCAGCCUGGCCGCCAGCACCUACUCGCUGUGCGCCGUGUCCAUGACGCGUGCCAUGAUCAUCACCAACCCCUACCGGCCGCCCGACAUGGACCUGGUGGUGCUGAUGUUCGUGCUGGUGUGGGCGCUCAGCUUCUUCGUCAGCCUCCCCCUGCGCAUGUUCGCCACCAGGGACAGCGUUGGCCCCAGCGCGGCCAACUUCUCUACCAGUUCCUGCCUGCCCACCAUCCACCAGCACCACUACCAGGUCGUCCUCAGCCAGUUCGUCCUCUUCUACCUCGUCCCCAUGCUGGUGAUCGCCUUCAACUACGUGCGCCUGGCUCUCUUCCUGCACCGCAGCCCCGUGAUGUCGCAGGCGAGCGCCAGGAACACCCGCAGGGCCUCGAUCAUGGUCUUCCUGGCGGCCGGGUCCUUCUCGGUGUGCUGGCUGCCCAGCUACGUGCUGGAGCUCUGUGUGUACCUGGGCCUUUACCGCCAGGACUCAGCCUGGGAGGUGUUCUACUUUGUGUGCACCGUGCUGCAGUACCUGCACCCCUGCGUGAACCCGGUGCUGUACGUGCUGCUGUCCAAGCGCUACCGCCACAGGAGGGCAGAGUGGCUCUUCGGAUGCACCGCCGCCGCCGCCGCCGCAAGGAACCGGGUGCAUCCUGAGGUGGUCAGCGUCGCCACGGAGAGCCUCUAG